AUGACCCCUUGUAGUGAUGACCCCUCCACUCCGGCCGGCUUCUACAAGGUACGCCCAAAGGAAAACCUCUACCGAAUUGCCCUAUGUAAGGGCGAAAACUACGAAAACCUAGCGCGUUGGAAUCAACUAGAAGAUGCCAAUCAAAUUAAAGUGGGUCAGCUCAUACGUUUAACCCCACCUGAAACGCCUACCCAGUUAGCGGCGGUCGAUGCCAAACCCAGCCCAGCGGAAGCUACAAAGGUGGACGCUGUAAAACCUGCGUCUUCUGAAGUGCAAUUUUCAUGGCCAUAUAAAGGCGACAUUCUCAAUAAAUUUAAUGGCAGCAAGAAUAAAGGUAUUGAUAUUGCAGGCCAAGUUGGUGACCCUGUAUUUGCAUCUGCUCGAGGUAAAGUGGUAUAUGUUGGCAACGAGGUCAAAGGCCUAGGCAACUUAGUGAUUGUAAAACACAAUGAAACUUAUGUUACGGCAUAUGCGAAUAACAAUGCUGUAUUAGUUCAAGAAGGACAACAAGUGUCACAGGGACAAGCCAUUGCUAAA